AUGCCAAGAGGUACUAUUAAAGCAACUGUUUUGAUUGAAACUUUACCAGCUGCUUUCCAAAUGGAAGAAAUCAUGUAUCAAAUAAGACAACAUUCUAGUGGAUUGAAUUGUGGUCGUUGGGAUUAUAUUUUUUCCACUAUUAAGAAGUUAAGAAAUAAACCAGAAAAUAUCCUACCAAAUCAAGAUCAAGUUACCAUGAAAUCUCCAUUUAUGGAAGCAUAUGUGAGGAAAUUGAUUAAUACUUGUCAUCGUAGGGGUGUACAUGCUACGGGUGGCAUGGCGGCUCAAAUUCCUAUCAAUAAUAAUUCAAAAGCUAAUGAUGCAGCAAUGGAAAAAGUCCGUCAAGAUAAAAUAAAAGAGAUGAAAAAUAGGCAUGAUGGGAUAUGGAUUGCGCUUCCUGCUUUAGCUCCUAUAUGUAAUGACGUUUUUGCAGAUAUGGGGUCUCCAAAUCAACUAUAUUACAUUCCUGAAAUAUCUGUAGGUACAGCAGACUUACUAAAUACAAGAAUACUUGGCAGUAAAGUUGCAAUUGAAGGUAUUAGAAUUAACUUAAAUAUUGGAUUGCAAUAUAUGGAAGCUUGGUUGAGAGGAUUUGGUUAUGUUCCAAUUACUAAUUUAAUGGAAGAUGCAGACAUUGCAGAAGUGUCUCGUUGUCAAUUUUAUCAAUGGGUUUGUUAUGAUGUUUUAUUAGAUAAUAUAAAUGAAUCAGUAAAAGCUGAAUUAACCACAAAAAUUUUAAAGGAAGAAGUUGCAAAAUUAGUCGCUCAAUCUCCUAUUGGUGAUGAUAACAAAUUUGAAUUGUCAGCUAAGUAUCUUUUACCUAAAAUAAGAGGAGAAAAAUUUAGUGAUUUUCUAACUACAUUACUUUAUGAUGAGAUUAUUGAGUUGAAUGAAAAAUCAUUUGAUUGUUUUACAUUAUAA